AUGUCAACAUCACUCGACAGGGAAGUGGAUGCUCCACCCAGAGCUCAGGCCCACGAGCACCUCCGAGACCCAACUCUCACGCACAAGGACCGGCACAUACUACCAACAGCACAGGACAGGGAGGCAAUAAAGGGUGUUAGCCCUACGGACACUCCUAGGGGGAGUGGCGGUAGUAAUAGUAUAGGUGGUAAUAGCGGGGGUGAGAAUAACAAGGGUGGUAACGGUAACGGUAUGAAUAAUCAGCCUGCGCCGGGUAGUAAAUAUAGUUACAACAGUAAUGGUAUUGGUAAGAAACUUAAUAGCGGUCAGAUCAAUAUACUCACGAAGCGAAUUAGCGCAAAUAAUAAUAACAUCUCACCGAACGGGUCCGUUAAGGCCGUGAAGGCCCCAAAAGUGAGUGACCUGGACAGUACAAAAAGGACCGGUGAAGAGGAGUUGGUCAUACCGGAAAACUACUCCCCGGUACCCUCGCAGAGGUUUGAGGAGGUUUACAAACGAGGGGACAUCCUCGGCAGCGGUGCGUUUGGCACAGUCAACAAAUGCACACGGAUAAGCGACCCUUCCCAAACCUUUGCCGUCAAAAUCAUUGAGAGGAAAAAGUUUAAAUUAAGGCCUAUGGUGCAGAUUGCAUUGCAGCGAGAAGUGGCUGUCAUGAAGAUGUGCUCGCACGUAUGUGGUCUGAAACGGCUGGCGUCUAGGGCUUAG